UUAAAUCCCGCGCGGCGCCGCGAUCUCCCACUCCACUCCCUCCAUCCCACCGAUUCGCGCCCCGCUCGCCAACGGCUACAGUGCCACUCCCGAGUCCCCCGACCUCUUCUCAUCAAUGGCGACGGCGACGCCGCAGAAGCCUCAGGGCGCGGUGUCGGUGCAGCACGUGGCGAAGGCGUCCUCGGACGAGAUCCUCCGAAAGUUCGCUGACCCGGACGCGCGCCACGUAACGACCCCGCCCCGCCGCAGCCUCGCGCUGCGCCGCAAGCGCUCGUCCCGGCGGGUCGCCUCGGGGCUCUCCGCACGGGACUCCGACGCGGCGGCGGGGACGGACCUGGCGGCGCCCAAGCGGAGGCGGAGCAUCGGCGGGUCGGCCGACUGGAGGGCCGAGCUGCUCCUGCCGACCACCACCGCGGCAUCCGCGCGGAAGGGGGGAGGCGCAGCGGGCCAGGUCCGACGGGGCGGGGCAGCGCGGCUCGACGACGCCGCCGGGAUCGGCCUCCUCCUCGCCGCGUUGGAGCGGACGUGGAGGAAGACGGUGGCGGGGGCGUCGAAGAUGUUCGUGGAGAGGCACCGGACGAACCACGUCCUGCUCAUCAGCGACAUGGUCUGAUCCGUACUCGCCCACGCAAGCUGGCCUUCUUCUCAUCGAGCUCUUCUGCUCGAUUUGGUUCAUGCGAAAUCUAAUUUGUUCGAUUGACCAUUCUUCUUAGAAUUUAGUAGAAUAAAAUGGCAGAGAAGAAUGGGGUGAACUAGCUAGCUUUGUGCAGUUCAGGUUCUUCCCUGCCACUUGACAGUGUGAUUUCGGUGUGUUCUUUUGUUCUGUUUUUCGUUUUGCUUCGAUGAAUCAUCGUCUCGGCGACCAAGUUGUAAAUUGAAGUUUGCAAAAAUGCGUAGAAAAUGGAUUUAC